AGACAUAGAAUAAUGUUAAAAAUAAUUGCAAAAUGCUUCAUGCCUUUGUCACGCACACGCUACGUGUUGAUCAGCUGUUACUGAUGUGCUCCAAGUGCACAUGCUGACCCUCACACCGUCAGCAGAUGCUGGCUUCUCAAAUGGAUGGAAUGUGUGGCAGCCGCAUGGGCUGCAUAGAAACCCGUGAGUCACUGCUAACACUUCAGAGAUAAUGAGCGGUGAAUAUCUGCCAGCAGCGCUUUUUGAUUCCUGGUCCAGCUUUGGAAAGACAGUGCAGGACUGAGAUAAGACUCUAUUACCACAGAACCAUCAGUAAGUACCUUGGCGGUUUGUUUUCUCACCACAAAACUCACCUGCUCACCCCGGGAGGAUGCACCCCGUCACCGCGGGAUGGGGCGAACCGCCGUAAGGGCGGCGGCCGCCCUGUUACCGCCAGGGGGCGCGCGAAGCCCGGCCGCGGCGCUGAGCCGUGCCAUCUCCCCGCUUCAGUGCGGGGGGCAUCGUGGGUGAGCCGCUGCGUGGGUGAGCAGCCUGCCGUGUGGUUGAAGGCGCGAGGGGACGUGGCUGGGCGGGACAGCAAGAGGCUGGAUCGGAGCUGGGUUGCGCCUGAACGCUCUCUGCCCCCGCCCCUCUGUUCCCCCGUGCUGCGUUCAAUGGUAUCGCCCGGCUGCCGACCGCAGCGCAGCCCGCCCGGAGCGGGAGGGGCUGCUGCUCGGUAGCAGGUUGGGUCGGUUUUUUUUCUCUCCUUCCCGUUGCCAUAGUGACUGCGGGCCGGGCCGCGACACCGCGACACGUCGCCGCCGUCGGCACAGCCACAGCCCGGCGGGUCUGCGGGGCGCUGUCAGUUUUACCAGGAAAUUUCACCUUGCUAUGAGAACUGAAGAUGGACCCAGAGGAGCAGGAGUUACUUGGUGAUUACAGAUAUAGGAAUUAUUCUUCAGCAAUUGAGAAAGCUUUGAGAAACUUCGAAUCAUCAAGUGAAUGGGCUGAUCUUAUAUCUUCCCUUGGCAAACUCAAUAAGGCUCUUCAGAGUAACCUGAAGUAUUCUCUAUUGCCAAGACGUCUGAUCAUCAGUAAAAGAUUAUCUCAGUGUUUGCAUCCAGCACUUCCUAGUGGAGUACAUUUAAAGGCACUAGAAACCUAUGAAAUAAUCUUUAAAAUAAUUGGGACAAAAUGGCUUGCCAAAGACUUGUUCUUGUACAGUUCUGGUUUGUUUCCUCUGCUGGCAAAUGCAGCAAUGUCAGUGAGGCCUGUUCUCCUUGGUUUAUAUGAGAAAUACUUUCUUCCUCUCCAAAAGUCCCUCCUGCCUGGUCUUCAAGCCUUUGUAAUUGGACUGCUGCCUGGAUUGGAAGAAGGGUCAGAAAUCUAUGACAGAACAGAUGCUUUGCUUGUGAAGCUCUCCUUAUUAAUGGGCAAAGAAGUUUUCUAUGGAGCACUCUGGGGCAGUGUUCUGGUCAGCCCGUCCAUUAGGCUGCCUGCUUCUCUUUUUGUUGUCAGCCAUAUCAACAGAGAGCUGUCUGGAAAACAGCAGAAGUACAUGCUUGGCACCGAUUAUAAGCUUACAAUCAAGUCUUUGUGUGUAUCAGUACUGGAUUCAAAUGUCCUUGUGCAAAGAAACACUCUAGAAGUGAUUCUUUUCUUCUUUCCAUUUGAUACAGCUUUGGACUACAUUGAAAAUGCUAUUCUACUGCGCAGGACUGAUCUAGUCUAUGUUCUGUCAGCAGCUACGCAAACAUUGUUGAGGAGAGACAUGUCACUCAAUAGAAGAUUAUAUGCAUGGUUGCUAGGCUCUGAUAUCAAAGGGGGUACUUUUGCUCCAGAGUCAACAACUUCUGAAGACCAUGCUAUUUAUUUUUUUGGAAAAUACUCUAGAGAUCUUUUAGUUGAGAGCUUGGCUGAAAUUUUACAUCAGAAAUUCUCUGAAUCUGAUACAGAGGAACAGCAUCAAGCUUAUCUGAAACCUUUCCGCAUCCUUAUCAGUCUCCUUGAUAAACCUGAAAUAGGGCCUCAAGUUGUUGGGGACCUCUUCCUUGAAGUUAUAAGAGCCUUUUAUUCCUACUGCAAGGAUGCACUUGGUUCUGAUCUCAAACUUAGCUACAAUCAAAGUGGCAAUGUACUUGCAAGUGCAAUCAAAGAGAACAAAAAUGCUUCAGAAAUUGUCAAAACAGUCAAUAUGUUGAUUACCUCCUUAAGCACAGACUUUCUUUGGGAUUACAUGACUAAAUGUUUUGAAGAUUGUUUCAGAAAGAAAUCCACACAGACAAGAGAUCAUCUUGAAAAUGUUAGCAUGCCUCCUACAAUUUCAGAGCUCUGCACAUUAUUGGUGUUUCUUCUUGACGUGAUUCCUUUGGAACUCUACUCUGAAGUGCAGACUCAGUAUCUUCCCCAGAUGCUCAGUUACAUGGUGCAGUCUCUCCUGGAAAAUGUGGAGGUAUUAAGUUUGCCAGAACUCACUCAUGCCUUAAAGACAUGUUUUAAGGUGCUUAGCAAAGUGCAAAUGCCUCCUUCUUAUUUGGACAUUGAGACGGGAAGUAGAAAUGGGAGCCCGGUGAAAAAGGAAAAUGUGGAUGUAACCUUGGAGACUAAGUCAGAGCUGCAGGAGGAGGAUGAGACUCCAUUCCCUCCCCUGAAGUCAGAAGACAGUGGCAUUGGUCUAAGUGCUUCCUCCCCAGAGCUCUCUCAGCACUUAGGAGUGCCAACUGUGACACUGGAGAGAGAUGAUGUCUGGAAAAAAGGGGGGAGCAUUCAGAAGACUUUGCAUUGCAUCCAAGAGCUGGUUGCCAAGUUUUCCAGUAAAUACAUUUUUGGGGUGCAAUUUCAAGAAGCAAAUAAUGAAAGCAUCUCAGCAAUUAAUCUGAGUGGAAAAGAGAAAAAGGAGAAUGGCUACAGAUUAUCUGAGAGUGCCAGCAAGAAAAAGAUUGCAAAGCAAAUCACUGUACCUCAGUUUAAACAAAUGCUUUCAGAAUUGUUCUCAGUUCGAGGGUCACCAUUCAAGAACAAGAGUUCUAACCUUCUUUCUUCUGAUUGCAACUCUGAUAAUAAAAAAGAAAAGGAAGAAGACUGGGACUUGGAACAAGUGAUGCUUGUCUUGGGACCCCUUAGAGCUGACUGUAAAGAAGCUUUUGCUGCAGCUUGUCACCUUCUGUUGGAUUGUACCACAUUCCCAGUCUAUCUUUCGGAGGAGGAAAUGGAACAGUUGUAUAUCUCUUUGUUUCAGUUUCCUGGUUGUGAUGCCAGCUUCCCUCUGUGGCUGAAGUCCUUAAUGACAAUAUGCUGCUGUGUGAAUGACUGCUAUGUUCAGAAUGUGUCCAUUUUCACGCUGCUGGAGGUGAUCAACCAUUCCCAGUCACUGGCGCUUGUGAUAGAAGACCGAAUGAAGCGGUACAAAGUCUCUGGCCACAACCCCUUCCUUGGGAAGCUGCAGAUGGUCACGCUUCCUCCCAUUGCUCCUGGAGUUCUAAAGAUCAUCUCAGAGAAAACGGAUUUCUACCAGAGAGUAGCCUGCGUGCUCUGGAAUCAGCUGAACAAAGAGACACGAGAACAUCAUAUUGCCUGUGUGGAACUAUUCUAUAGGUUGCAUUGCCUGGCACCAUCAGCAAAUAUCUGUGAAGAUAUUAUAUGCCAUGCACUUUUGGAUCAUGAUAAAGGAACAAGGCUGGAAGCACUGUUCCGAUUCUCUGUCAUGUGGCAUCUGACGAGAGAGAUCCAAGGCAGCAGAGUGUCUUCUCACAAUCGGUCCUUUGAUAGGUCUCUGUUUGUGGUACUGGACAGUCUCAAUUGUUCAGAUGGUGCAAUUGGUGCUGCAGCACAGGGCUGGCUGAUCCGUGCUCUUUCACUUAAUGAUGUUGCACGAAUUCUUGAACCAGUCCUGCUGCUGUUGCUUCAUCCAAAGACACAACGCACGUCCAUCCACUACAUCAAACAGAAAAAUUCAACAGAAGAUAUACAUGAUUGGAUUUCCAAGAAAAAGGUCUCCUGGAAAGAAUCUUGUGUCUCUGAAAGCAAUUCUGAGGAAAACCUCCCAUUGAGUCAGUUUACUGCUGUGGAUAGAGAAGCAAUUUGGGCAGAAGUGGAAAAAGAUCCAGAGAAGCUGGAGUUAAAAACUGAGCAGUCUGAGAAUGAUGCCUCUUGUAAUCCUGUAACUUCGCAUGAGGCAGAUGGUGACCAAGAUAAUAGCGAACACACAGAAUCAGCAGACACCAGCACAGGGCAUGACAGUGAAAAUACAUCUUCUUUCUCUCCUUCUCUGGAGCUGCAAGAAAUGAGCAAUGAGGACAGUGCAGCUGAUGGCAAAGAGAACACGAACCAAGCGUUCCUUCCUGAAAGCUCCAAAUCCAGUGUAGCACUAAACCUUGUGCGUGCUGACUCUGAAAGGACUCAAGCGUCAGAAUCUCUGUCAAGUGAUGAAGAGGUGGACUUGGAGCUCCAGGAAAUUACAAACUCUAGGUUGCUCAAACAGCAGAAGGAAAAACAGGAGAUGGCUGAGGCUCUGUUCAAACAUAUGCUGUUAUAUUUGCAACCCUAUGAUUCCAAGAGGGUACUGUAUGCUUUUUCUGUUCUGGAGGCAGUGCUUAAAACAAACCCUAAAGAAUUUGUUGAAGCUGUAGCUAGUACUAGCAUGGAUACCAGCUCCACUGCACAUUUGAAUCUUAUUUACAAUCUCUUAGCUCGUCACCAGGAAGCUCUUGUAGGGCAGAGUUUUUAUGGCAAGCUUCAGACUCAGUCCCCAACCAUGUGUCCCCAUUCUCUCCUAAUAGAACUGCUCACUUAUCUCUGCCUCAGUUUUCUGCGUUCGUAUUAUCCAUGCUACUUGAAGGUUACACACAGAGAUGUGCUUGGCAACAGAGAUGUCCAGGUAAAAAGUGUGGAAGUCUUGAUUAGAAUGAUGACCCAACUGGCUACCAUGGCAAAAGCAGCAGAGAAUAAGAAUGUAGAAUUCAUACGGAAUUUGCUAGGAAGAUGCAAAAUUCAGGAGUUUGUUCUUCUUUCCUUGUCUGCAUCUAUGUACACAAGUCAGAAACGGUAUGAACUGCUGAUGGUAGGUGGAGUUAAUAACGUUCCAGAAGAAGAUCUUUUUGAAGAGAGCCUAAUCAAUUUUGGACAUGAUCAAAUAUGGAGCGAACACCCGCUCCAGAUUGAGUUGCUGAAGCUCUUGCAAGUAUUGAUUGUCUUGGAGCACCAUCUUGGACAGACUCCAGAGGAGCAGGAGAAUCAGCCAGAUCUUUCCAGGGAAUGGCAGCAGGCUCUUAAUUUCCAGCAGGCUAUUGGUGCAAUGCAGUAUGUCUAUCCACACCCAAUAACUUCACAGGGAUUAUUUGUCUCUGCUGUUGUUAGAGGUUUACAACCAGAGUAUGGUUAUGGGAUGCAUCCUACCUGGGUAAGCUUAGUCACGUGUUCCCUGCCUUAUUUUGGGAAGUCUUUAGGUUGGACUGUGGCACCAUUUGUUGUACAGAUUUGUAAAAACCUGGAUGAGCUUGUCAAACAGUACGAAAGUGAAGCUGUGAAGAUAUCUGUAAAAACAUCUGCAAGCUUAACCUCUAAAAGAGAGAAUGUUACACCUGAUUACCCACUAACCCUUUUGGAAGGUCUGACAACUAUUGGUCACUUUUGCCUUCUGGAUCACCCUAAUCAAACUAAAAAGUCAUCCUGUCUAGCUGAACCUGCAAACUUGAGAAAUGCUAGGAAUGCCAUUUUGGAAGAGUUGCCUCGUAUUAUUAAUACCAUGUCCCUUCUUUGGAAUGUUAUAAAGAGGGAAGACUCUCAGAAACGACCAACCGACUUCUUUGGAACUACAAAAGGCUCUUCCUCAGUCUACUUUAAAGCAACCAAAACAUUAAGAACUAAAAUACUGGACUUCCUGAAUCCAUUGACAGCGCAACUUGGAAUCCAGUUGAUGACAGCAGUUGCAGCAGUAUGGAAUAGCAAGAAACCUCACAGGAAUCAAAGUAAAAUAAAGAUACUUCCAGUGGCUAGUGCAUCCCAGCUCAUUCUAGUGGACUUAAUAUGUGCACUUAACACAAUGAAAACUGAUACUAUCUUACAUCUAGUCAAAGAAGUGGUCAAGAAGCCAUCACAAAUCAAGGGUGAAGAGAAAUCCUCUCUUGUAAAUAUCCCGAUGUUGCAGUUCAGUUAUGCUUUCAUUCAAAGAUUGCCUGUUGCAGCCUUGCAGGAGAACUUCCAGUCCUUAUUAGGACUUCUGAAGGAGUCUGUACAGUUGAAUUUGGCUCCUCCCGGACACUUUCUGCUUCUCAGUACCCUGAAUGACUUUGUGACCAGGACACCUACUCUAGAAAACAAAAAAGACCAGAAGGACUUGCAGGAAGUGACCCAAAAAAUCUUGGAGGCUGUAGGGAAUGUUGCUGGUUCUUCUUUGGAACAGACUAGUUGGCUGAGCCGGAACUUAGAAGUGAAAGCUCAGCCUCAGAUUUUGCCAGAUGAGUUCAACACUGAAGAUGUGAAUGAUACUUCAGUGGCACCAUCAUCAAUGGUUUCUGCUUCUGCCCCUUCAAUAUACAGUGUCCAAGCUCUUUCACUCCUUGCAGAAGUUCUUGCUUCUCUUUUGGACAUGGUUUACCGAAGUGAUGAGAAAGAAAAAGCUGUGCCAUUGAUUUCCCGUUUGCUAUAUUAUGUAUUUCCUUAUCUGCGCAACCACAGUACCUACAACAUUCCUAGUUUCCGUGCUGGUUCUCAGUUGCUCAGCUCAUUGAGUGGAUAUGCCUAUACCAAGCGAGCAUGGAAAAAAGAAGUUCUUGAGUUGUAUAUGGAUCCAGCUUUUUUCCAGAUGGACACUUCAUGCACUCAUUGGAGAUCCAUUAUUGAUCACCUUUUAACACAUGAGAAAACUAUGUUUAAAGACUUGAUGAAUAUGCAGAGCAGCGCCUUAAAACUCUAUCCAAGUUUUGAACAAAAAGCAAUGUUGUUAAAGCGGCAAGCUUUCGCUGUCUUCAGUGGAGAAAUUGAUCAAUAUCAUCUCUAUCUUCCCUUAAUACAAGAACGGCUGACUGAGAACCUCCGUGUUGGGCAGACUUCUUUAGUUGCCGCACAGAUGUUCCUCCUCUUCAGAGUUCUAUUGCUAAGGAUUUCUCCUCAGCAUCUAACCUCCCUGUGGCCAAUUAUGGUAACUGAAUUGAUUCAGACGUUUCUACAACUGGAAGAAGAAUUAACUGAGGAAGAUGAACCAUCAAAAAGCAACAGCAAGUUAAGCAAACAGAAAGUCUCAGGUGAUGGCAGUGGAACUGACAUCCAGCAGAAUGAGCUGUCUUUGUACUUAUCUGCUUGCAAGUUUUUAGACACAGCGCUUUCAUUUCCACCUGAUAGGAUGCAGUUGUUCCAAAUGUAUAAAUGGGCAUUUGUCCCAGAGGUGGACACAGAGUCAUCUACUGUGACUUCUCAUCUGGUAGAAAAUCAUCAGGAAUGUAGACCACACAUAAUACGAAUCAUGGAUCUGCUAAAGAUGAAAUAUGGGGAAAGAAACAACACUGAUGAGGGAAUUUCCAAAAGGCACAAAUUUCCUCUUUUGAACUUCCGCACUAUAUCUAGCAUUACCCAGCUUAUGCCCUUCUUCAAGACACUGUGUUGUGCAUUUACGACAAAAGGGAGUGAGGCCCAGAAUUCACAUACUUCUGCAUCUCUCUCUGUGGACUACGUUGGUGGCAAUGGCAUAAAGAUCUUGCAACAGCUUGAAGAGAGUGUUGAAUGUGACUUCCUUGAAAACAUGGAAAGUUAGGCUGCAUAUCAGACACUUACGUGGUUAUGUGGUCAAAAAAAGAGAAAACAUUACUGCAAUUCUUAUUUUUUCCCAUUUUGAAACUACAUUUUAGGUUUUCUUCCAGCUCUUAUGGGAUGUACUUCAAUAAUUCAAGCUUCCCAGGGGUGAUAAAAAGCAGGAUUCUUUGUGUUCUGGGGAGGCAGAAAGGAGAAUGUACAGCUUAGUGGUAAUUUACCAUUGUUACUGUAUUCUUUUACUUUUUUUCCUUGUGAAGGAUUAAAGAGAUUUGUAAAUAAUGGUAGAAGAUUUUUAACUUGGUGAAAGUAGCAACUGUACCAUUUAUCCAGUAAUUUCUCAAGUAAGUAUUUUACACUACUUUUGGAACUGUGAUCUGAAAGUAAAUUUGAGAAAAAGCUAAUAUUGCAUGUCAGUGUACAAUCGGUUUGGCGAAAAGCCAUGUCUUGAAGUUAAAACCCCCUUCUAUUUCUUCUUCCUUUAACUGAUCCUAAAACUUAGCAACUUGUGAACAGAUAAUUUAAAUUUCAAACAGAUCUAUUUUAUAAGCCUUAUUACGCAAAGAACUGCAGACUUACCAUGUUUGUAAUUUCAGCUUUGUAUUAUAAGAGCAUUCUUCAGGAUUAGUGAUUCCUAAAUAAAAAAACAUGUACAUGCACAAAUGACCAACCUAUGCAGUAACAUUUUAUAAUUUGCACUACUUUGAGGGCUUUUGAUUUUAAUUAGCUGACUAAUUAAAGAAUAUUCUAAUUCAGUUCUUAAAUGAAAGAACUUCGUUCUUUCAAUGGCUAAGAUCACCUUGCGACUUAUGAAAUACAGUUAAAUGAAGAUAAUCCUGUAAAAAUAUAAAUUACUGUAAACCCAGAGCCUAAUUCAAAGGAAAAUUCAUUUUUUAAGAAACACUUUUUAUACAAAUAAAUAUAUUUGGCUGUUCCUACGUAUUAUAGGAGGGAGGGAUGUCAUUCACAGUGCCAUGACUAUGAUAAUGUUCAAGGUGCAGCUUCUUUUGGAUCUGCACCACUUCCACCAUUCGGGCCUGGAAGAGACAGUGAUUAGUUGUACUACCAUACAGUGAAGCUGCUUGUCUGAAGGACACUUCUGACAGUUAGUGGAUAAAUACCACCAUAGCCACAUGUACAUCAAAAAGCUUAGAUGAACGCUUUUUCCAUGAGGAGGUGGACUCCAUUGAGGUUUUGGUAUUUAUUGGGUUUUCUGACUGGAUUUGCAAUGCUGAUUUGUUUGGAAGGGAAGUUUAUCAUAGUUUUCAUGAUGAAAAGCUUUGUCUGCUUCUUUAUUUAAACAACGUUGCCUCUACAGAAAUGGAUUUAUAAGAUAAAGCUCCAGACUGGUACUUGUGCUAUUUGAAACAUCUCAACCGAGGUAAAUGUGCUUGAUAUUGGACUUCUUCAUUAUUGGUGGUUUUUCCUAAUUAAAAAAAAAAAAAAAAAAAA